AUGAGUUCUUCAAUUUCAAUAAGUAAUACUGGUCCUAUGACUAGUACUACAGGAAUGGAAACAAUAGUGGCUGUGGCACUUGGCGCACUAGCUGCCGUUUUCUUUGGUGCAUUUCUAGUUUUGCUCGUCAUUUGUAAAAGACAAAGAUGUUAUUAUAAUCAAAAAGAUUCUCCAGAUCUAAGCUCAGAUUUAUUAGAAGGAGAACAUUUUUCUGGUUUAGGCUUAGAUGCUUGGGAAAGUGAGGAAUGGUUAGCUGGUGCAGAGAGAUGGGUUGAUGAUGCUACGGGUUUAGCUCCACUGUGCAUUGAUGUAUUGAGAUCUUGUCAUACUUUGGCUUCUAAUCUCACUGCUAUUGCAGGAACAGUAAAUAGUAAUACUAUUCCAUUGGAAAUUGUGGAUGUUGCCAGACGUAUUCCACCUCGUGUUGAUGAUGUAGUUAGAAGUUUGUAUCCAUUAUUAGAUGCAAGAUUAUUGGAAGCCAGAGUAGCAGCAUUAGUAUUGGCUGUUACACAUUUGGCAUUAGUAACUAAGCAUGGAGUCUCCAAAAAUCAUGCUAGGAAAUUAGCUUUUAUUGAUCAAGCUUUAAAUGAUAUGGAUUCUCAUUUAUCAAUUUUGAGAAAUGCUGCAUUAGCACAAGAAGUGGCUUGUUCUAUUCCAACUUCAACACCAGUUUAAUUUUCAAUUUCUACAAGAAUUUUCAUCAAUUUUUCAAUUUUUACAAAUUGUUUACAAUUUUUAUAUUUCAUGGUUUUAGGUUUUAUAAUAUGUUUACUAAGUAUUGCGUGAAAUUAAUAUGCAGUAUUAAAAAAUAUUCGAUCGAGUAUCUCUUUUUUUUUUUUUUAUUAUGUCAAGAUCCAAAACCUAAUAGUGCAACUUUGAUUUUUCUAGCAACAAUAUUUAGUGUAUUACAUUUCAUGUAAUUAUAAUUAUUACAAAAAUGCAUAUAUACUUUCGUGAAAUAAUAUAUUAAAAAAUAUUGUAAGAUAUAUGAGAUAUACGAAUGCUUCACACAAUUAAGCUAAACAUAAUUCUGAAAUAAUAUCACAUUAUUAUUAAAAAUUUUAUAAUAAAAUUAAAAUUGAACUAUUUUUUUAAAAUAAUAGUUUAGACACUUAAUAUAUUUUUAUAAAGAAUAAAAAAAGCUAUUGCUUAAAUUUAAUUUAAAAAAUCUAAAAUUUUUGAAAUAUUUUUAAUUUUAAAAUAUAUAUAUUAUUGUGUUAUAUUUAAUUCUUUCUAGUAAAAUUCCUUUCUAUUUUUCAUUUUACAAUUAUAGUUUAAUUGCACGAAACAUUUCGUAUAUAAAUUUAAACAUUUUUUUAUAAUCAAAAGAUACCAGAGUUAUAAUUCUUGUGAAUAUGUAUGAGAUAUUAGUCUUCCAUGAUGUUAAUACAAGAUCAAUAUAUUUAUAUAAAUAUAUGUGAGAUAAAAAAUCUUAUUUUGAUAGAAACUAUGUUAUUUUAUCGAUUAUAUUAAAUAUUUAUAAUUAUUUGUACACAUCCAUAUAUUUUUUAUAUCUACUGAAAAUCAAAUUAAUUUAUAGUUAAAUAUGAUUUUUUAAUAAAGCUAAAUUGCAAGAGAGGAA